CGGAUAUAGUGAAUGCAGGGUCCGGGGAGACCGGAUAUAGUGAAUGCAGGGUCCGGGGAGACCGGAUAUAGUGAAUGCAGGGGUCCGGGGAGAGCGGAUAUAGUGAAUGUAGGGUCCAGGGGAGAGUGGAUAUAGUGAAUGCAGGGUCCGGGGAGAGCGGAUAUAGUGAAUGCAGGGUCCGGGGGGAGAGCGCAUAUAGUGAAUGCAGGGUCCGGGGAGACCAGAUAUAGUGAAUGCAGGGUCUGGGGAGACCAGAUAUAGUGAAUGCAGGGUCCAGGGAGAGUGGAUAUAGUGAAUGCAGGGUCCGGGGAGAGCGGAUAUAGUGAAUGCAGGGUCCGGGGAGA